AUGUGUAAGCAAUACCAGAUCGAGUACACCUGCCAACACACCCUCACCAUCGAAACUUCGUUCUGCGAAAAAUACAAAUCCUCAAAUCUCCUCCACAACCACAACCACAACCACAGCAUAACCAUCCACCUACAACACGCACCCCACAAAUGCCACCCCUGCCGAACCUACGACCGCGACCGCUGGCGCCGCGGCUGGCCGCCUAUUCCACUGCCAGUUCCCCCUCCUCCUCCGCCACCUCUACCUCCUGUUAAGACAUCGAGUGGUUUGGGUGGGUUUAGUACGCCGAGGGUGAGGAAAGUGGUGGGUGAGGGAGAGGGAGAUGGGGAAAGUGAGGAGGAUGGUGGUGGAGAUGGAGAGGGGGAAGGAGAGGGAGAUAAUUUUGCGGUGGUGUUUGAGGAGGGGACGAGGAUGGGGAAGGUGAAGAAGGAGAGAGUAGAGCAUGAUGAGGAGACUGGCGGGGUGGGAUUAGGAUUUGGAAAGAGGCUUGGUACGGGAAUGGGAAAAGGAUUGGGAAUUCGAGAGGGCGUUGUGAUGAGUGGUGGGUUGAAUGGAGAUGAUUCGGGGAGUAGUGAAGGGUUUGGUUUGGGUAUUGAUGGUGCUGGUGGUGGUGGAAAUGCUGCACUUACACCUACGACUCCAACUAAGAAUAGCACUGCCCAAGAUCUCAUUAACAAGAUGCGUGCCCAGUCAUUCGCUGAAGGAAUUGAGAGCGGGAUUCGAAGUGAAUUACGGUCGAGGUUUGGUGGAUAUGGAGGGAAGAAGUCGAGGGAGAGGAGGAUGAGUACAGUUGAGAUGGGUGGUGUGCCAAUGGAACGAACAGUCUCGAACCGUGGGUCUUUGGCUUUGAAAUCACCGCGUGAAUCGAGCUACAGAAGUACCGAUAUGGAGAGGGGUGGUGGUGGUGGAGGAGGAGGUUUGGGACUGGGCAUUGGGAUGAACUCUGGGUUUGGUCCUGGUACGGUCGAUACGGCGGUUGUGAAUGGUGCAUUUGAAAAGCAAAAGGAGAGCGAGGUUGGAGAUCUGGGUUUAGGUCUAGGCUUGGGCUUGAGUUCGGGAUUUGGUGGUGUGCCAAUGGAGAGGGAAGGUGGGACGGCUAAGAUCGACGGUGGUUAUGGCAAAACUUGGCUUAGGAAGACUAGACGGGAGAGUGUCUUCUCGAAAUCGACCGCAUCUACGACAACUUCGGAGAUCGAUGGUACGCAAGAGGAUGAUAUGGGGAGUGUUACGGCACGGUUCUUAGACUUUUGA